AAGCAUUGGGUGUGGUCAGGAGGCCUGCCAGCUAGCACAGUGAAGCGAGUCGUACUGAGAUAUAUAGAGCAGUUGGGGUCAGCUAUAGACUGAUAGGUAUCUAGUUACAGCAGUGCUAAACAACACAGGAGAGCAGGUAAACUAUCUAAGACCUGUGGUUUGGCUACAGUCAUGGGCCCAUGCUAUAUAGUAACUAUCAACUCUGGUUGCACUGGUUAGCUUUAUUCCACCUGUCUCUAAUCUCUCCCCAAGUCUGUCAUGGAGUCUUCCAAGGAGAUGAGUGACAUUAGCCAGCAGCCACCUCCAGAACACACUCCUGCCGCUAACGAGGAGGGGCACUCCCUCCUACCACAAGAGAGACUAAAGAGGUUCUUCCUCGCCGUACCUCUCCUCUCCUUCCUGGUGGGCGGGGCCUUGUUACUGGUGGAGGUGACGGUCAUUGUGUUGGUGUUGGUGGCCCCAACAACGGUGGGUAUAACAGAGGAGCUGGCUCUGUCUGAGGCCCAGAGAGGGGUGCUGGGUGCUGUGAGUGUCGUCAUGCUAAUCGAGGCUGUGGCCUUUGGGAUCAUCGAUAUCGGGACCAACAGACAGAGAGCACGACUGAUAAAGGCUCAGAGAAACAACUCCUGAGGCAACUCGACAGGCUCAGAGAUAAGGCGGAAGAUACAGACUCGGCAAAAUCUCUCUUCUCCCUUCAGCAGGUAGGAGAGCUACUACAGGAGCAGAUCCUGUCCACAGAGGGGAUCAGACGUAGACUGAAACUCACUGUCUCUGACACCAUCAAAGAAACUACAGACGAGGUAAAGGAGCUCAAACCAAGAGCUGAACAACCACACACUGCAAUACAUGGCCAGUCUCAUCUUUGACCUCGCAGCCUUCCUCUGGAAAUGGGCACUGACCCUACUCGUUAUCUCCAAUAAUUGGCUUUCAGUCGGCUUGGCCAUAGCAGGGGGUGUGGUCUAUCCUGUGGUUGUGUUCUGGCAGAAGGCUAUUCAUCCAACUGCGUAGUUACCACCUCUGCUACCCUUAUAACAUACAGAUGUGACUCUAUUUACAUGCAGAAUUGACACUGAAUAGACUAGCUACCUAGAAUACACUUUUGGUGCUUAAAGUACUUUUUGGCUAACAGCCAUUACACAUCACUUUACCAAUGAAUGCAGUAUUGUGGAACC